ACCAACUACAAAAUACUCCUAUUACACUUUGUUUUUUUAAUUUCUUAUUUCUUCUCUUAUAAUAAACUUUCUCAGAUUCAUAACUUGUCUCUCCAUUUUCAAUUGUCGUCAAGUUAAAGCAAUUUCCAUUUUUUUUUUUGGAUAAUAUCUCGUCUAAUUUAGCUGGAUUUUUUGUUGCCAAAUAAAGGUGCAUAGUUGAAGAUGGAAGGUUCCAUAGUUCGAAGGGUUAUUCCUUCUGAUAACAGUUGCCUUUUCAAUGCUGUUGGUUAUGUGAUGGAUCGUGACAGAAACAAAGCCUCUGAGCUAAGACAGGUUAUAGCUGCAACAGUGGCCAGUGAUCCAGCAAAAUAUUCUGACGCCUUUCUUGGGAAGUCCAACAAAGAGUACUGUGAUUGGAUUCUUAACCCAGAGAAAUGGGGAGGUGCCAUAGAGCUUUCAAUAUUGGCUGACUAUUACGGACGAGAAAUUGCAGCCUAUGAUAUCCAAACAACACGCUGUGAUCUGUAUGGACAGGGAAAGAACUAUCAGGAAAGAGUAAUGCUGAUUUAUGAUGGACUUCAUUAUGAUGCUUUGGCUAUGUCCCCUGCUGAAGGAGCUCCGGAGGAAUUUGAUCAGACAAUUUUUACUGUACAGAGAGAUGGGACUGUAGGACCGGCUGAGAGGCUUGCUCUUAAUCUGGUUAAGGACCAACAAAGGAAGAGGAGCUACACUGACACGGCCAACUUCACGUUGCGAUGUGGAGUUUGCCAAAUUGGGGUCAUUGGCCAAAAGGAAGCUGUAGAGCAUGCACAAGCAACUGGACAUGUGAACUUCCAGGAAUUCAAAUAAAGGAAACCCAAAUAAGGAAACAAGAAACCACACAAAACAUAUUCGAUUAUUUCUUUGUACAAGUGGAAACCAAUUUCAUAUAUAAUACGAAGGUGUGGUCUCUAUGCAGUGUUGUGCUAUAGAAAAUUGUAUCCCAUUUUAGACAGAGACGAAGAGAAUUAGGGAUAGCAGAGGGUGUAUUGAUGGAAGAAAUAAAGCUUUGCCAUGCAUUCUUGUAGAAGUAUUUGUAACAGAACUAUGUCAUCCUAAUGUGUCAUUUGGCUUUGUAUUACUGUA